UUGCGCCUACCAAGUUCGUUGACGUAUGAGUCAAUUAGUGUGGGUUUCAAUUUCGAUCGUUCUUCCCCUAUGCUCUGAACUAUUUUCUCUGGAGCAGUGGAGCUGAGCAAGAGAGUAAAGAAUGGGAUCAAAAGAUCCAAGCGAGAAGGCGCGGGUUUGGAGAUCCAAGUUUAAGGCCCUACUCUGUUGCCCAAGAAGUUCAUCAGCUACAGCAACACCUCCUCCUCCUCCGCAACAUUCAGCUUGCAGUUCCACUCAUCAGUCAAACAGGCGAGUAUACAAGCAUGAUGUGUUUCUGAGUUUCAGGGGCACCGACACCCGCAACAAUUUCACCGAUCAUCUCUAUCAUAAUCUCAUCAGGAAAGGAGUUUUCGCCUUCAAGGACAACGAGAGGCUUCAGAAAGGGGAACCUAUCUCUGCUCAGCUUCUGCAAGCCAUCAGAGAUUCCCGUGUUUCUAUCAUUGUCUUCUCACGUGAUUAUGCUGUCUCCACAUGGUGCCUCGAUGAAAUGGCUACCAUAGCUCAAUGCAAGAAAGAGUUCGGACAGACGGUUUUCUCCAUUUUCUAUGACGUGGAUCCUUCCGAUGUUCGAAAGCAGCGCGGGGUGUAUGAGGAUGCUUUUGCUUUGCAUACGGAGCGGUUUCAACAAGAUCUUGGCAAGGUUGAACGCUGGAAGAGAGCUAUGACGGAUUUGGCCAAUUCUGCUGGAUGGGAUGUUAGAGAUAAGCCAGAAUUCGCAGAGAUUGAUAAAAUCAUUCAAAAGGUAAUAAAAAAAUUGGAUCAUAGAUUUUCUGGGUGUGCUGAUGAUCUUGUAGGGAUACAACCAUGUGUAAAAGAAUUAGAACAAGUUCUAAAGAUAAACCCAAAGGAUGAAGAUGUUAGAGUUCUUGGAAUCUGGGGAAUGGGCGGAGUAGGAAAGACAACUCUUGCCAGUGUCUUGUAUGACAAAAUCUCUUAUAUGUUUGAUGCACAUUGCUUUAUCGAGGAUGUGAACAGAAGUUAUAGAGAUGGUAGUGCUAUUGCCGUUCAAAGACAGAUUCUUCGUCGAACUCUAGAUGAACGAGAUCUGGAAAAAUAUAGUCCUUCUGAAAUAGCUGGCAUAAUCAGAUAUAGGCUAUCUUCCAAAGAGGUCCUUAUAGUUCUUGAUAAUGUUGAUGAAAUGGAACAAUUAGAACAAUUGGCUAUUAAUCCUAAAUUACUUGGAAGAGGAAGCAGAAUGAUCAUAACCACUAGGGAUGAACAUAUUCUUAAAAGUUAUGGAGUAGAUGCAAUUCACAAGGUUUCUUUAUUGAAUUCCCGUGAUGCAUCGGAUCUUUUUUUAAGAAAGGCCUUCAAAAGUGACCGUCCAAGUAGCAGCACUUGUAUGGAGUUGACUCCUAGCAUACUGGAAUAUGCUCAAGGUCUUCCAUUUGCAAUCAAAGUAGUGGGUUCUUUCUUAUACAAUCGGAAUGCUUACCAAUGGAGAGAUUAUUUAGAAAGAUUGAAGAAACAUCCCGACAAAAAAGUUACUGAUGUGCUUCAAAUAAGUUUUGACACUCUGCAAACAGAAGACAAAGAAAUAUUUUUGCACAUUGCUUGCUUUUUCAUAGGGGAGAGGGAAGAGUAUGUAAAGCGAAUUCUAGAUGUUUGUGGACUACACCCUCACAUUGGAAUUCAAGUUCUAAAGGAGAGAUCACUCAUAACUAUUAAGAACCAAGAGUUUCAUAUGCAUGACAUGUUUCAAGAAUUGGGGAAGAAACUUGUUCGAGAAAGAUAUCCUGAAGAGCCAGCAUUGUGGAGCAGAGUAUGGCUUUAUAGCGAUUUUGAAAGUGCUUUGAUGUCAGCUGAGACGGGAACAAACAAUGUUAAAGCCAUAGUUUUGGAUCAGAAAAAGGAGAUGCCCGAGUCCAGGCAGUUGAGGAUAGAAGGAUUGUCAAAAUUGAGGGAUCUUAAAUUGCUUAUAUUAUACCAUAAGAACUUUUUAGGAAGCCUUGAUUUUCUUUCCCCUAAUCUACAGUAUCUUGCUUGGCAUGGCUAUCCUUUCGCUUCUUUGCCAUCGUUUCAACCUUAUAGUAGGCUUGUUGAACUGAACCUGCCUUAUAGCAACGUCAAACGACUCUGGGAAGGCAACAAGAAUAUCCCACACUUGGAAAAGAUGGACUUGAGCUACUCAAAGGAUCUCAUAGAGACACCAAAUUUUGAAUGGAACCCAAACCUUAAGCGACUAGAUUUUACAGGAUGCACAAACUUGACGCAUGUCCAUCCCUCAAUUGGACUUCUUAAGCAGCUUGGAUACUUGAGUUUGCAAAACUGUAGCAGUUUGUUGAACCUCAAUCUUGGCGAUAAUUGUAAUUUAAGUGCUCUGAGAGUUCUACGCCUUUCUGGCUGCACGAAACUUGGGAAGACCCCAGAUUUCACAGGGCUUUCGAAUCUUGAGUACCUCGAUCUUGGAUAUUGUACAAAUUUAUCCACAGUUCAUGAAUCUAUUGGUGCUCUUGCAAUGUUGAAGUUCUUGAGUUUGAGUAACUGCAGAAAUAUUGUUGAUAUCCCCAAUGAAGUGAACAAUAUGAUAUCUCUUCAGACUCUAGAUUUAAGCUAUUGUGAACUACUGAUGUCUCCCUUUGGACAGAUUUCUAUGCCUUCCUCUUAUCUAGGAUGUUUGAUAUCUCUGGACCUUGGCUAUUGCAAAUUAAUAGAAACUAUUCCUGAUUCUAUUGGUGAUAUGAGUUGUUUAGAAAGAUUACACUUGGAGGGAACUGUCUUAAGACGUCUACCUGGUACCAUCAAGAAGCUUUCGAGGCUGGCAUACUUGAAUUUGGCAAGUUGCCAUUAUCUUCAAGGAUUACAUGAGCUCCCAUUUGAUAGUGCACCAUCAGGGGGAAGGUAUUUUCAAACGGUAUCUGCAUCUCGUAACCAUAGGUCAGGUUUGUAUGUUGUAGAGCACUACCGUAGAUGUAGGAUGAAAUUCUUUGAUUGCAUGCUGGCUGCGCUCUCAUGGUUUGCAAGACUUAUUGAGCAACCUUGUCAUUUCCGAUGUGGGUUUGACAUCGUUAUUCCUGCAAAUAAGAGUGGUAGAAUUCCAGGAUGGUAUUUCAAUCAUCAGUUUAAAGCUGGGUCAGCUGUAAGGGUAGUGGAUUACGAUGAUGCAGAUGACAACUGGCUUGGCUUUUCAUUUUGUGUUACAUCUCAGCGUGUUCUAUAUGAUUGUAAUCCACAUGGACAGCUGCCGCGUCAUUUGUAUCUUUCUUUUGAAAGUGAGCACACGGAAGAAUAUUUUGAUAUGCCUUGGAUUUGGACCGAAGACCGUUGGUAUCGUGGGGUAACACAUGCUUGGAUAAUCUAUAUCUCUCGGGUGCAUUGCCAUUUUGUGAAAACUGGAGCCCGUAUAAGAUUUAAAGCCUGCAAGGGAUUGAAGUUGCAGAAAUGGGGGUUUCGCAUGGUGUUCAAACAAGAUAUAGAGGAACUGAAGAGGAGGUUAAAAAGUAAGGAUAUUAAAAAGCACAGUCCUAUCUUUGAUUCUUCCAGAUUGGUCAUUGAGACUGAGUAUGUUGAUGAAGACCCAAGUAGCAGUUCGGAGUCCAAGAUCAUGCUUCCUUAUAAUUGGUUGGUUACCGACGAAGAAGAAAAUGAGAAGAUGGAGGCAAAGGCCAAAGAAGAUGAUCUCUCUAAUUUGGGCCUUAUAUAGAUACUACACAGAGGCACUCUUAAAAAUAUACAUCAUCUUCUUCCCCAAGAUUGCUUAGCUUGCUGCUUCCGUCUUCUGAUCUGCCUAAUUAUCACAAGGAGUUGAGAUCUCUGUCUUCUGCAUGACCUGUGGUUAUUGUAUAUACAUGGCUUCUGAUGUAUUGUUUGAUUUGGGCUGAUAUUCUGUCCUUCCAUUUCUUCAUAUUUGUGUUACGUUUGGCAGCUAAGAUCUUGUAGCCCUUUUUACUGAAUUGAAAGUAUAUUCAGAAAAACAA